CCGCUGUCGGGCCGGUGAGUGUGCGGUCCCGGGCCUGCAGCGUUGCGCUCUCCUCCCGUUGUUCCCAGAGACAACGAAGAAAGGAGGCCCCGAAGUCGGGGGCCUGCGGGGAGGGAGCGGUCAGGGCCGAGGAAAUAUAAAUCAUGCUGGGCUCUGGGUUCAAGGCUGAACGCUUAAGAGUCAACUUGCGCCUGGUGAUAAAUCGCCUCAAACUGCUAGAGAAGAAGAAAACGGAACUAGCCCAGAAGGCAAGGAAGGAGAUCGCAGAUUAUCUAGCAGCUGGGAAAGAUGAACGGGCUCGGAUCCGUGUGGAGCAUAUCAUUCGAGAAGAUUACCUUGUUGAAGCCAUGGAGAUAUUAGAACUCUACUGUGACUUACUCUUAGCCCGAUUUGGCCUGAUCCAGUCUAUGAAAGAACUCGAUUCUGGUCUGGCUGAAUCUGUGUCCACAUUGAUCUGGGCUGCGCCUCGACUUCAGUCUGAAGUGGCUGAGCUGAAAAUAGUUGCAGAUCAGCUUUGUGCCAAGUAUAGCAAGGAAUAUGGAAAGCUAUGUAGGACCAACCAGAUUGGAACUGUGAAUGACAGGCUAAUGCACAAAUUGAGUGUGGAGGCUCCACCCAAAAUUCUGGUAGAGAGAUACCUGAUUGAAAUAGCCAAAAAUUACAAUGUUCCUUAUGAGCCUGACUCUGUUGUCAUGGCGGAAGCUCCUCCUGGAGUUGACACAGAUCUUAUUGAUGUUGGAUUCACAGAAGAUGUGAAAAAAGGUGGGCAUGGAAGGGGCGGAGGAGGUGGUGGUGGAUUCACAGCACCAGUUGGUCCUGAUGGAACAAUGCCCAUGCCUAUGCCCAUGCCCAUGCCCAUGCCAUCACCAGGUUCUCCUUUCUCAUAUCCACCUCCAAAAGGACCGUCGGAUUUCAGUGGAUUGCCAAUUGGGACUUAUCAGCCCUUCCCCAAUAUCCAUCCACCUCAGAUACCAGCAACUCCCCCAACAUAUGAAUCUGUUGAUGAUGUUAAUGCUGAUAAGAAUGUUCCUUCUGCACAGGUUGUUGGUCCUGGCCCCAAGCCAGAAGCUCCUGCAAGACCCUCCUUGAAAACUACAGAUACCUUUGACAACUUUGUUUUGCCUGAAUUGCCAUCUGUCCCCGAUACACUACCAACCACAUCUGCUGGUGCCAACACCUCAGCAUCUGAGGAUAUUGACUUUGAUGAUAUCUCCCGGAGAUUUGAAGAGCUGAAAAAGAAAACAUAGACCUUCUUUGACUGUACCACUCCAGGAUUUGGGAGUUGGGACUGAACAGCUCUCUUCUUGUAAUGAAGAUUCCCAUAGAAUUCUGUUUCCUGUAUUAACGAAUGCUCUCUUCCUCUUCAACUCUCUUCCUGCUGUACCAAAUUUUGCUGCUUUCCAGCUCUUCAUGACUUCAGGAGGCUAACUAUUGGGGAUCCUACAAGAACAAUAGAGGAACGACUCCUGCAGGUGUGGGUUGUUCCUUCAAAUACACUUUUUCCAUCCCCUGUUA